ACUAACAGAGCUUGGCAUGUCUCAGUCAAGUUGCCUUGGACAGUAAAGGCAUCUUUCUUGGGAGGAAUACCGCACUGCACUAUCAGCUUUUCAUCAGCCAACAGCCACAAUGAUGAUGCUCCUGGUAGAAGAUCUGAAGACAGGCAAAAAGACAGAAGGUAGAGAAACGGGGGAUUUCCUUCCGGAAGACUUCAGAGAUGGAGAAUAUGAAGCUACAGUGAGAUUAGAGAAACAAGAAGACCUGAAGACAAUCAUUGAUCCCUCAGUAACACAGCGCAAUCUGACUUAUAAAGAAGAGAAGGAGCUGCAAGCUGAGCUCAAAAAAAAGAAACUAGAGGCGAGAACAAAGCUUGAAAAUUUGGAAGACCUUGAAAAAAUCAUCACUCUGAAGAAAAGGAAAAAAGUUAAGAAGGUCAAAGUGCUGGUUGACAAGGAGCCUGAGCAAGAAGCUAUAACAGGACCUGUAGAUGUCCCCACAUUUUUAAAAGCUGCCUUGGAGAACAAAAUGGCAGUGAUUGAAAAGUAUUUAGCAGACAAAGGGGAUCCAGAUGCUUGUGAUGAGUACAAGCGUACCGCCUUGCACAGGGCAUGCUCACAAGGACAUUUGGCAAUUGUGGAAAAGUUAGUAGCAGCCGGGGCUCAACUUGAAUUCCAGGAUAUGCUCGAAUCAACGGCUAUUCACUGGACGUGUCGAGGCGGAAAUAUAGAAGUCCUGAAAUUCCUCUUAAACAAAGGGAUAAACAGAAAUGCCAAAGACAAGUUGCUCAGCAGUCCUUUGCAUGUGGCAGUAAGGACAGGCCAGUAUGAAUGUGGAGAACAUCUCAUUGCAUGUGAAGCAGAUCUCAAUGCCAAAGACAGAGAGGGUGAUGCUCCAAUGCAUGAUGCUGUGAGAUUAAAUCGAUAUAAAAUGAUUCGACUCCUGAUUCUCUAUGGGGCUAACCUGAAUGUAAAGAACAUUGAAGGGAAAACUCCAAUGGAUCUUGUGCUACAGUGGCAAAACGGCACCAAAGAAAUCUUCAACAACCUGAAGGAGAAUGCUUAUAAGAGUUCUCCCAUAGAUACAUUCUGAAGACCAGACUCAAAGCUUCAGUGAAUGACCGUUUCUUUGCAGAUGGCGCAAUUAUCAGCAUAAAGAACAAUGUGAAGAAUAGUUCCUUGAUACGUGAUGCCAUCGUUGCCUGAUCGAGCUAGUGUUUUGCUUUUGGAAUAAGUCUGAGGACAAAAGGUUCAAAGGCACAGCUUGAGUGUUACAAUUCCACUGAUUUCAAGGGGUUUUUUUUAUUUUAAUAUUCCUAUUUAUAUAUUGUAUUCCAUUCUUUCCUUUUUCUUGGAUGAAGUUUCUUUGGUUGUUGUUUCUCUGCUGAUCUUUCAAAAAGUCAUGUUGAUACUAGAGUUGUAGAUUACUGAAAUGAUAAUCAGCCAAGAGCAUUUAUACAAGACAAUCACGUUUCUGAAUGUAUUAGCAACUUCACAAGAAGCUUCUCUCCCCCUAACUUAACUCCAAUGUAAUUAAUUUUUAAGUGUCACCCAACUUUUCUGCUGAAUUGCUAUUAUCAGAGUAAACUGUUAAAGCCAAGAACGGGGGCUGGAGAACAGAGGUAUGGAAAGCAAUGAAAUUAGAAAGGAACAGUGGAAGUAGAAUGAAAAAGGAACAGAUCUGGUUUAUUUUAAAGUUUAUUAAGGGUAGACCAGUUUUACCCAAAAUAGUGGAAAAUGAACUACAAAGUUCAAAUUAGAAAGUUACAUAAAGGAAGGUAUUGAAGUGAAUUAGAAGAAAAUGCAGUUAUUUUUACAUGCUCGGUAAUGCAAGAAAAGUUCUGUAUAUUUCUAUGGCUUUUUAUGUACAUUUUGUAUUAAAUUCCCUAUAAGAUUUAAA